AUGUCCUCAGACACUAUCAGGCAAUUGAACUCGAUUCGACCGGAGAACUUCGCGAAUGACUUUGAGCGCUUUGAGGCGAAGGAAGCAGCGCGUGGGCUUUUAGCCCGGCUUGAGACCCCGGUAGAACACGCAUGGGCCCUGAUGGCCGAGCAACCCUUCGCUAUCGCUGGCCUGAUCCUUGUGAAGGAUCUCGGCAUUUGGGCUCGAUGGGCGGCGCUUGAGAAGAACGGUGCCCCUGGCGCCUCGAGGUCUCUGGAGGAGGUUCUGAGCAUGUCUAAUGCGCAGGUAGAACCGAAUUUAAUACUAUUUAUCCUCGAGGAGGUCGACGUUGACACCUGGAAGCCUACCCCUUUCUCCUUGGCGAUGGGAGGCGACAUCGGCAAGAUGGUGCAGGCAUCCCUAGACCACACUUAUCUCAGCAGCGCGAACCUACCCAAGUUCCUAGCUAAGAUCGGUUAUGCGGAGCCGCUUGAUCUCGAUCGGUUCGAUAAUUACACCGAUACCUUCGGGGAUCCGUUCUGGGCGCGUUGUAAGGAGAACCCCGAUUUGGCGCCGAGCUUCGCGGCCAUGAUGACGGCCCUCACGGCCUACAAGAUGGAUUGGACAGCCGUGUAUGACACCAAUCGCCUCGCCUCCGGUGCGGACUUGUCCCCCGGAGCACCGGCCUUAUUCGUCGACGUGGCCGGCCUGCACGGCAUGGACUCGAUGCGUCUCCUUGCCCGACAUCCGUCGCUCCCGUCGGGCCUCCUCUUCGUACAGGACCUUCCGGAGGUGGUCGACUUCCAGAUCCAAGCCGACAAACAGGCUGCUAUCGAGGGGACCCCGCGUCUAGACGCACGCAUCACACGCAUGCCGCACGACUUCUACAACCCCCAGCCUCUGCUUGGGGCGCGCACCUACUUCUUCCACAGCAUCUUACACGAUUGGCCGGACUCCAACUGUGUCCGCAUAUUGGAAAACAUCAAGGGCGCUAUGAAGAAGGGGUAUAGCAAGUUGUUGAUCUACGAUGUUAUCAUGCCACUCAAGGAGGCGACGACUUUGGCGUGCGCUGUGGAUAUGUAUUUGAUGGUGUUGGACUCAGGGAUCGAGAGGACAGAGGCCCAUUGGAGAGAGAUUAUCGAGAGUGUGGGGCUUAAGGUGGUAAGGAUUGACAGACACGAGGGGGCGGUGGAGAGUAUGAUCGAGGUUGAGCUCUCUUAA